UCUCUCUCUCUCUCAUGAUGAUUCUCCACCCUACCACACAUUUUAAAUAGUUUCUCCUACAUGGUGCUCUUAACUAAUCCAAACUGUUGUUCUCCACCAAAGAAAUGCCUUCUCUCUCAAAAGAGCAUUUUGAUCUCUACUCUGCUUUUCAUGUCCCUGAAACCCACGCUUGGUCUUCCUCCCAUCUCCAUGAUCACCCCAUCGCCGGUGACGGCGCCACCAUCCCCGUCAUCGACAUAUCCGACCCUGACGCGGCCUCCAUGGUCGGCGGAGCCUGCCGCUCGUGGGGCGUCUUCUAUGCCACCAGCCACGGGAUCCCCGCCGACCUCCUCCAUCAAGUAGAAUCCCACGCUCGCCGCCUGUUCUCUCUUCCCCUCCACCGCAAGCUCCAGACAGCCCCUCGCGAUGGCUCUCUCUCCGGCUAUGGCCGACCCCCUAUCUCCGCCUUCUUCCCCAAGCUCAUGUGGUCCGAAGGCUUCACCCUCGCCGGUCAUGACGACCACCUCGCCGUUACCUCCCAACUCAGCCCUUUUGAUUCUCUUUCUUUCUGUGAGGUGAUGGAAGCAUAUAGGAAAGAGAUGAAGAAGCUGGCUGGAAGACUCUUUAGGCUUUUGAUAAUCUCAUUGGGACUUGAUGAGGAAGAGAUGGGUCAAGUCGGGCCGCUAAAGGAGCUCUCACAAGCGGCUGACGCGAUACAACUCAACUCAUACCCGACCUGCCCGGAGCCCGAGCGGGCCAUAGGCAUGGCGGCUCACACAGACUCUGCUUUUCUCACCGUACUCCACCAGACUGACGGGGCCGGUGGGCUCCAGGUCCUUCGUGAUCAAGAUGAGUCCGAGUCGGCCCGAUGGGUUGAUGUUCUACCCCGACCCGACUGCCUCGUUGUCAACGUAGGCGAUCUGCUCCACAUACUCUCAAAUGGACGGUUCAAAAGUGUACGGCACCGCGCGGUUGUUAACAGGGCCGAUCAUCGGAUCUCAGCAGCUUACUUCAUUGGCCCGCCCGCGCACAUGAAGGUGGGCUCCAUAACCAAACUGGUUGAUAUGAGAACAGGCCCGAUGUACCGACCCGUGACGUGGCCCGAGUAUUUAGGGAUAAGGACGCGCCUUUUCGACAAGGCACUCGACUCGGUUAAAUUCCAAGAGAAGAAUUAGAAAAAGAUUAACGAUUUUACUUAAAAUAAAUUAAUAAAAAUAGAUAAUCCACUAACGGCUUUGGUUCAUUAUAUAUAUAUUUUUUCCAUUUUUUCUCUAUGUUUUUUUGUUUUAAGAAAUAUAUAUUUAAUAUGUUUGGAAGGAAAAACUUAUCAUCAAAAACUGAAAGUUGAUAAUAGCUAAAUUAUAGGUCUGUUUGGAACAGCAUUGUAACUUUUUUUUUAGAUCGUAAUUAUA